AUGACGUCGAUAGGCACCGGCUACGACCUCGCCAACUCCAUCUUCUCCCCAGAUGGCCGCAACUUCCAGGUCGAGUACGCCCUGAAGGCGGUCGAAAACGGCGGCACGUCGAUCGGCAUCCGGUGCAAGGAAGGCGUGGUGCUGGCCGUAGAGAAGAUCAUCACAUCCAAGCUGCUCAAGCCGGGCGCCAACAAGCGCAUUGCGACGGUUGAUAGGCACAUUGGCAUUGCCUUCUCCGGCAUGAUCCCCGACGGCAGGCACUUCAUCGACCGCGCGCGCGACGAAGCCCGCGCCUGGCGCGACACCUUCAAGACGCCCAUCACGACCGCCGACCUAGCCAGCCGCAUGGGCGGCUACAUGCAAGCUUACACCCUCUACCAAUCGGUCCGCCCCUUCGGCAUCACAACCAUCAUCGCAGGGUACGACAGCCCCGAAGACGAGCGCGUGGACGGCGAGGUAGGACGGGGUCCAUCCUGCGGCGCCGGCGGCAAGGUAGCGGGCAAGACGCACGGCGGGCCGUAUCUGUACAUGAUCGAGCCGUCGGGCCUGUACUGGGGGUACUAUGGGGCGGCGACGGGCAAGGGGCGGCAGGCGGCGAAGGCAGAGCUGGAGAAGCUGGAUCUGCAGGGAGACAGCUUGACGCUGGAACAGGCAGUUAAGGAGGCGGCAAGGAUUAUUUAUGUGGCGCAUGACGAUAGCAAGGAUAAGGAUUUUGAGCUGGAGAUGACGUGGAUUAGCGGGCCGGAUGGGCCGACGAAGGGGUUGCAUCAGGAGGUGCCCAAGGCGCUGCGCGAGGAGGCGGAGAGGUUGGCGAAGAAGGCGCUGGAGGAUGAUGAUGAAGAGGAGGCGAAGGAGGAAAAGAAGGAUGAUGAUAAGAUGGAGGAGUAG